AUGUCAAGCAUCUCAUUUUUCCUAAUCAUCUGUGCCUCUGCUCUCUUCCACUCCUUUCACUUCUCCAUUGCUGGGAGUAAUGAGACAGACCGGUUAUCAUUGCUCGAUUUCAAAGCCAAAAUUACAGGUGACCCUCUCGGGGUUAUGAGAUCGUGGAAUGACACAGUCCACUUCUGUGAAUGGCAUGGUAUUACAUGUCAUCGAGGUGGGAGAGUAAAGAAGCUGGAACUAUACUCUUCGAAGUUCACAGGUUUCCUUUCUCCAUCUAUUGGAAAUUUGAGCUUCUUGAAGGUGUUGUUCCUGUACAAUAAUACUUUGGGUGGUACAAUUCCUCCAGAAAUAGGCCGUUUGAAUCGACUGCGGUAUCUCUUGCUCGGUAAAAAUGCCAUUGAAGGCCACAUUCCACCAAAUAUAUCAGCUUGCUCAAGGCUCACGGAACUCAAUAUCGGCUCUGACAGGUUGGUAGGAAAGAUCCCAUCUGAAUUUAGUUACCUUGUACAUCUACAACUUCUUAGACUUGAAAAGAACUACUUGACAGGCACCAUCCCUUUAUCUUUCGAGAACUUAUCAUCCCUCUCCAAAAUCUACCUGUACUACAACUACUUAAGUGGAAGCAUCCCAAAGAGCUUAGGCAAAUUGAAUAAAUUAACAUUGCUCUCACUUGGAGGGAACAUGUUAUCAGGGAUAGCCCCAUCUCCAAUCUUCAACCUCACACUCUUAGAGGCUUUUGAUGUAGGAGUGAAUAACUUGGAGGGAAACCUUCCUUCAGAUUUGGGAAUCAAACUUCCAAAUCUGCAGUGGUUCUCCAUUUUCAAUAAUAAUUUCACCGGAUCUAUUCCUACUUCUAUAAUCAAUUCCUCGGGUCUAAGUGUUCUUCAGUUUAGUUCUAACAAUCUUACUGGACAAGUUCCUUCUCUCCACAGAUUAGCAAAUCUCUUACGCCUUACCCUUGCCAAUAAUUCACUGGGGUAUGGCCAACCUAGUGAUUAA